CCCCUCUGUCGAGUGGCGGCGUUUUUUUCCGUGCAAUACUUGCCUUGCAUAAAUUAUGUUCAUGACGUAGUGCAAAAAGACAAUUUUGUAUUAAAUUUGCGGGACUUUUCUGCGGAAAGCCUUGGUUUCGGUGUGCACGAAGGUGUUUGGUGUUCACCCAAGCUUCAGGUAACGGAGGAACCGUCAUUAAAUAUUAAGGGUAGGAGGUUGUACGUGCUGCCGACCCUCUUUAUCAAUGCAAAUGCAUCUUUUGUGUGCUGUCAUAGCGCCUAACUGCAAGCUGUGAGAUGAAUUUUUAAUUAUUCGGCUUAUAAACAAACUGUGCCUAAGCUUCUGAAAAGAGGAGUCGCUCCCCCCAAAAACCUGAAUUAUUUUCGUAUGUGGGCACAGUGACACCUGGGUGGUGUGAGUUAGGCGCUAUGGACCCGGAGGAGCUGUCUGCUAACGAAGGCCCCCUCACCGUUAACGAACAGCCGUUAGGUUCCUGCACUUUGAAAUUGCCUGCCCGAGACAACCAGGUGAUUGUGAUGUCGAGCCAUGAGACGAUCCGCGUGCUCGAGGUGGAGGUGGACGCGUCUCUGCCCGCCUCCGGGGCUGAUGGGAAGCGGGAGGCCGGGGCUGAGGAGGGGGAGAACCUCCCCCUGGAGCCCAGUGAGGGAGGGGCCCAGGACCUCCCCACACAGCCGUGUAACAGCGGUGGAGUAGUGUUGGCCGAUGGAGGCGUUGCCGUGGAAACAUCAGCCCCUGUGGUCCAGACGGUGGCCCCUGCUGGUGCCAUCAGCGUGUCCCUGGCGCAGCCCCAAACAGCUAUGCCCAUCACCGUGCAGGGCUGCCCACAGGUGCUGACCCAGGACAGCUUGGCCACCCUGAUGACGGGGGUGAUGGCCCAGCCCGGGUCUCUGGGCCAGCCGGUCCUGAUCCCGCUCAGCAUGGCGGGCCCCAUGGGGGGUCAGGGGGGUCUGGCUCUCAUCACCAUCCCCACGGCAACCGUGGCAACCCUGCCUGGGCUCACAGCCGCCACUCCCGCUGGAGGCGUCCUCAAACUGCCCCUCGGCCUGCAAACCGCCACGGUGUUGAACACGGUCCAGCCUCAGAUGCACACGGCGACGCAGGCCAUCCUGCAGCCUCCGGCCACGCCCACCCCGGGCGUGGCGCAGGUGGUGACCACCUCCGUCGCUCCUACCGUGCCCAGGGUCUCCGAGGCAACCGUAUCCAUGGCAGCUCCGCACACGGCGGGGCUGACUAUCAAUCCCGCCAUUAUCAGUGCAGCCUCUCUGGGGGCCCAGCCUCAGUUCAUAAGCUCACUGACGACCACGCCCAUCAUCACCAGCCAUCUCUCCGGUAUGGCGGGCCUCACCAGCCAGAUCAUCACCAACGCACAGGGACAGGUGAUCGGGACCCUCCCCUUCCUCCUAAACCCCACCUCCCUGGCGGGCGGGGCUGCUGCCCCUGCCCUCUCCUCUCAGAGCCUGCAGGUCCAGACUGUGUCUCCCCAGCUGGUGGUGAACGCCCAGGGCCAGAUCAUCGCCACCAUUGGAAAUGGCCCCGCCUCCACCGCCACGUCCGCCACCGUCCUCCCCAAGACCUCCGCACCCCUGACGCUCGCUAAGCCCAACACUCAGGGGCCCGUGGUGACCGUGACACAGCCUCCCGUGGUCAUCGCCCCCCAGCCCUCUGCGGUGAAGACGGUCACCUCCCUCUCCGCCCCCGUCCCCAUUGCCUGCGGGGACUCCCCCACAGUGGGCCAGCUCGUCAGCAAGCCCCAGCAGGGAGUCGCAGAGGAAGAGGGCAUUAAUCUGGAGGAAAUCCGUGAGUUCGCCAAGAACUUCAAGAUCCGCCGUCUCUCCCUGGGGCUCACGCAGACGCAAGUGGGACAGGCGCUCACUGCUACAGAGGGGCCCGCCUACAGCCAGUCUGCCAUCUGCAGGUUCGAGAAGCUGGACAUCACGCCCAAGAGCGCGCAGAAGCUGAAGCCGGUCCUGGAGAAGUGGCUGGCGGAGGCGGAGCUGUGGAACCAGAAGGGGCAGCAGAACCUGAUGGAGUUUGUGGGCGGGGAGCCGUCCAAGAAGCGCAAGAGGCGCACCAGCUUCACCCCGCAGGCCAUCGAGGUGCUGAACACCUACUUCGAGAAGAACGCCCUGCCCACGGGCCAGGAGAUCACCGAGAUCGCCAAGGAGCUCAACUACGACCGCGAGGUGGUCCGCGUCUGGUUCUGCAACCGGCGCCAGACCCUGAAGAACACCAGCAAGAUCAACGUCUUUCAGAUUCAGUAACAGAGCGUGGCGGGGCGGGGUUUGGGGGUGGGGCGGGAUAGGGGGUGAGGAAGGGGAUUGGUGCUCCGAUGGAGCGGCAAAGGAGUCGCAGCUGGAGGUCGAUGGGUUUUCUGAAAGUGAGGAGGCGGGACUUACUCUGUGCGGGAGGCGGGAUUUAAUUUGUGGGCGGCGCUCGUGAGGAGAGAACACAGCCCAAGAUGAAGGAUAGACGUGCGUGUGGACAAACGCGGAUUGCUCUUCCUAAUCCCCAGUUCGGGUUCCACCAUUUUCACAAAGGAGAUCUUUUUGGGGGAUGAGGAAGGGUGAGGGCUUCUAUUGGUUUUUAGCCCGUGUGGCAAUUUUAUAGUGACAAUCUUGUCAAGCCAGUCUGAGGGGAAUGUAACGCACGUGUUUUUAUGUGGGAACCUUCUCAGCCUGAGAUUGGCAUAACAUGGCAACCAGUGGGAUCCAAAUUUGGCCUUGUAUAGGAAGGAAGAAAAGUAUGCUACAACCGCUGCUGUUUCACCGCUGAGGUAGAUGGUCAUGGUGGAGCAUGGGUAAAGAAAGGCAGAAAGUGAAAAUCCAAAUCGAACCUCUCCUUCCCCGUACGGACGUCGAGAAUUUCGAUCUCCUGCGUACAUUUUGUAUUUUAACCUUUUCCGAUAUCAGUUUCACUAUGUUUGUGUCACGUCGGUGACUUUUGAAAAGCUGAUUGAAUUGGAAGUGGAGCAUGCUUUUAUUUACCUUGUUACAAUUACCUGACAUUUUAUAACGAUUGUUUCAUCAAUAUAAUAAGUAAUGCCGAUCUGUCAUGUUAAACAGAGAUCGGCAGUCACAGUGACUUUUCCAUCCAUCGACGAGAGAAAGUUAUGCCAUAUUUUGUUGAGUCUCGGUGCUUGCAAUGUGAGGAAAUGUAUGGUGCAGAUGGUAAGUGUGGCAGAAGGACAGUGUUCAGCAGUGGGGGGCAGAGCGAUUUGCAUAAGCCAUGCCAUUGGUUGCUUCUGGCAGGCAUUACAAACGAUGUCAGAACCAGCCAGCCAAUCAUGCUGAAGAAAAAAACGACAUGACCUGCCCUCUUCCAUCAUACGUCCCUUGCUUUUGGUCUGUCGAGAAGUUGUGUGUGUCAAAACAAAAUGAACUAGGCAUCCUUUUGUAAAUUUCACAGAUUGAGAACUGAAAGGAAUUUAUUUUCCAAUGUAUUUAUUUUUGUUCAGCUUAUUAAGCAGGUGGUUUUUGUGGCCGGGGGGGUGGGGGGGGGGGGUGGGGCGGGGUCUGGGUACGUUGGGCACAGGGCUGGCUAUGGCACAGAGGAGGCAACUGUCCAAGGGUACAGUACAGCCAAUAUUUUGUCCCAUGUCUAUGGUCAUAGAAGUACACCUGGAAUGAGACCACGUGUCCUGUCUCUGUAGGUUUAGGCAGCCCAUGGAUGGACUGGUAACUAAAUUACAGGGAACAGAAAUGGUUUAGAUGUAUGUGUGUAUAGCAGAGGCUUGAGAGACUGGUUACAAUAUAUGGGUUUAUAUAGAACAGAUGGAAAGAUUUUAUAUAUGAAACAGAUGCUUGAAAAGCUCCCAUAGUCUAAUUAAAGGGCUGCUGGUUUCCCCCAGUAUAUUAGUACAGUCACUGUCACUGGUGACAGCAAUACUCUCAAAGCUUCUUCAGAUAUCUUCUUACAGAAUAGAAGCUGGAACAUACUUAAAGACUUCUAAAUAAAUCUUGCAUAAAACAAAUAAGGGAACAAAACGUAAAAUUUUCAGUUCCUGUUUAGCCAGACUUGGGAGAGAAGCUGCUCUGAAGAAUAUUUCAUUCAAAAUACACUCUCAUUUGCUACUAAUCAGUGUUUAACUAAGCUGCUGAGCCAGAGAAGAGUGGCAUGAAUGUGAAAUAGAAAAAUGGGCGAUAAGACAUUCUAUUUACUGACCCUCAACUGCUUAUUAAACUGAGUUGUUUUAUGUUUUUUGUGGGCUUUUUAAAACCAGCAUUCUUUUCCCACAAUUUGGACUACCCUGUUGAAUUAGUGGGCUCUUCUUUAGUCUUGUCAACUGAAUACUGAUUUGUCAGUUUUGUUGCUUGGUAAUCGCAUUUCAUUUUUUUUUUUCAAUCUAUUUUUUCAUUAUUUAAAUGGGAAAAUAAAUUUUGACUAUAAGAACCCCCCUCAAUGGUGUCAAAAGUCAAAUGCAUGAAUGAAAGGUCACUCCAUUGCACAGUAGAAUGCUGACCUGAGUCCCUCCCAAUAUGUGAUUUGUCAGUCACGCUAUGUCAUGAAGCCAUUUGUAUAUUGAACUGGAUCUGCUUCUUCAGUUUACUGUAUGUGUGUUAGAUUGCCUGUCAUGAGCAGCCAAUAAUAUGCAACGCAUCAGGUUUUAAUUGAGUAGAGAUUUCUACUGAACUGAAGAAAGUUGCAAUUUUAGUCUUGGAAUUAUAGGAGUUUUAUUUCUACCUUGUUAUUGUAUUUUAAUGCUACUGUUAUUAAGCCUUAAUGAUACACAAUCAUUUUCCUUGCAUUGGCUUUUCAGGCUAUGAAUAAAAUAGAAGUUCUGAGGCAAAACUGUAGCAAAAAUAGAAGUACCCAGCUGUUUUAUAAAAUGAGAACAAAAACAAAUGGUAAACAAAUUCUAGGCCUUAAAACCUACACCAGAAACUAGUACAUUUAAUUCUUCAGUGCCCAUUUCCUUUCUGCAAGAGUGGAACAGAUUCACUGGCCAUUGUAGUUCUCCCAGUGAACACUGUUCAGUCUAAGUUUCCAGAUUUUCUCACAGUUUUGGCAUGUAUGGCCUGUAACUGAAAUUUUGCACAGUCAUGUAAUGGGCAUCGGGUCUCUUGCUGAAUUUAAAAUCAGUUGCUUUACAGAAGAAAGCUGUUACUUUGGCAUCGUUCUGCCAUCAAACUUUUUGUGGAGGAAUGAGGAGAAUGACAAUAAAAGAACCAAAGUAUGGAAAGGGGAUAGUGUCUCUGACAGACAUUUACUGGCUCGUGGUACUGAUUGAGAGAAGGCUACUGGGAUCACAACUUCGAGUACUAAUAUGUAAGAAAUAACAUAGCCAACCAUUUUUGGUGGAGAUAUGAGAGGAAUAGAGUUGUCUUGGAAUUGUUUUGGGGGU